AGCACGCUUUUGUUCAAACUCCGGAGUCAGACAGCGCUGAGCAGACAGAGGUGUUUCCUUUACAGUACACGUGAGGAAGAUGCUGUCACUUUAAAACACGCAGCUCUGGCUCAGAACACUGACAUUUUGGGUCUUUUAUUGGUGACUUUAGGUGUUGUUAUGAAGUUUUGCGAACGAGCGUAGCGGAUGAUGUGAAGGAUUUCCUCCUGAAUCCCUUCUUGUGGUUGGACUAUGACUGCCAUCGGGUAAAGAUACUGAUUUAGUUUAGCAGACAGGAGAGGACAGGACAGGCUUCCCUUCGUCCUUCUGGGAUCUCUAUGGGGAGCGCACUCCCGGUGUGCCCACCCCCAACUCCUCCUGGACUCGGCGUGAACGUGGACCCCACCGACCUGGAUAGCAGAAAACGACACGCUUAACCGUAUUUGAAUGCCUUUGCAAGGAGUUUGCUGGUUUCUGUGCUGCAGGCAGGGCUUCAGUUUGCUGGGACGGGACUAUGGGGAAAAGGAGGAGGAAGAGUCUUUUGAGUUGCGCAACAAGGAGGACUUGACCCCCAAUGGACGGACUCCAGCUGAGGUGACUGUUUCUCAGCCAACUUGUACAGCCAAUGGAACAAAUGGGCACACUAUCUCACAGUCACCUGUCAAGAUGAAGAAACCGAUCACUGAGGAGAAUGAGAUGGGACUGGAGGAAGAGCCUGAGCUGUUGGUGAAAGGUUGGCUCUUGCGGGAGGUACGAGGCAGCUGGAUAAAACAUCGCCGGUACUGGUUUGUGCUGAGCCAAGAUUCUCUGGACUAUUUCAGCGGACCGGAGAAAGGCGCUCGCAGACUUGGCACACUGGUCCUCACCAGCCUCUGCUCCGUCAUUUGGCCAGACAAGCAGACGUACAAAGAGACAGGUUAUUGGAGCAUUACUGUUUAUGGACGGAAACACUGCUACAGGCUGUACACCAAGCACUUCAAUGAAGCUGUGCACUGGGCUUGUGCCAUCCAGAAAAUCAUUGACACCAAAUCCCCCGUGGAAACGCCAACACAGCUUUUGAUUCGAGACAUUGAGGAAAAUAAGUUCAAUCCUGAGGUUGUAGAACAUAUUUACCAGCACAACCCCAUCCUGAAGUACACCCAGGGCCCGCUGUAUGCUCCUCUGCUGCCCUUCCCUUAUGGAAGUCUAGAGCACACAUACCACAACGGUAAAGGCUAUGGCUCGGUGCGAGAGGAGGCCGUGAAGCUCUUCAACUGCCUGCAGCAGCUGGAGUUGGUGCGGGAGCCGGUUCCUAUCAUCCAGGGCGUGCUGCAGACCUGCCUGGACCUGCGGCCCCUCCGCGAUGAGGUCUACUGUCAGCUAGUGAAGCAGACCAGCCACACACCUUCCCCGUACACUGCUGCACAUCUGCGUUACUGGCAGCUUCUCACCUGUAUGAGCUGCACCUUUCUGCCUGGACCCAACAUGCUCAAAUACCUGCGAUUCCACCUCAAGAGAAUUCAGAGCCAGAGUCCUGAAUCGGAGAUGGAUAACUAUGCGUCCUUCAUCAGCGAGGCUUUAGAGAAGACAAAAUGUCGGGAGUGUGUGCCAUCCUGGGAUGAGAUCCAGAUGCUGAUGAAUCGACAGGAGAUGCUGUGCACUGUGCACUAUCCUGGCCCUGGAUCCUGCCAGCUCUACAUCAGCUCACACACCACCGCCAAUGAGGUGGUCCGACGGAUGCAAGAGAAGCUGGGCCUUCAGGACAGCAAAAACACAUUUGCACUGUAUGAACAGAAUGCACUGUGGGAGCAGCCGGUCUCGGGGAGCGCUCUGAUUGCGGACGUCCUGACCAGCCUCACCACCAAAGAGGCGGAGUCUACAUCCCAGUGGAAACUGUGUUUCAAGCUGUACUGCCUGCUGGAUGCUGACAGCAUAUCAGUGGACAGUAUAGAGUAUUUCUUCCUCUUUGAGCAGUGCCAUGAGAUGGUGGUGCGUGGUCAACUGCCAGCCUGUGAGGAGGACCUGCAGGCAUUAGCUGCCCUGAGGCUUCAGUCGCUGAUGGGCGACUUCAGCAUGCAUGUCCCCUGUCCACCUCUGGAUGAACUAUUCCCUGGCCACAUGCUUGAAACUCGGGUUCUUGUGUCUCUGUCGGCCGCGCAAGCGAUGCCUCCGUGUCAGGUGGCGACUCAGAGCUGUCCCACGACACAGCGCUUCCCCACGGGUCUCCUGGCUGGCACGCUGUGGAGCCACACGGCCACAGCAGUGCAAAAGCAAAAGGUGGAGCUGGACAAGCGUCUGCGGAGCCGGCUGAAGGAGGAGUCGUCGUCUGUCAUGACUUCCAUCUUGGAGCGAUGGAAAGGCCUGGCCGGCUACAGCCGCAGGGACAGUAUGGCUGCAUACCUCACUAUUGCACGCCAGUGGUCGGGCUUUGGAUGCACUCUUUAUGAAGUGGACUUUUAUAUUAGUUCAACAGGGAGUUUUUCCCAGAAGCUGUGGCUGGGUGUCGCCGCUUCGUCCGUGUCUCUUUACAAGCAGGGAGAGUCCGAGGCGCUGGAGUCCUUCCCUUAUGGCCAGAUCUGCUCUUACAGUGUGUCUGACAGCAACACCUUCAGGAUCACAGCUGGGGAUCGGGAUCUGAUGUUUGAAACCACCAAGCUGACUGAGAUCAUACAGCUUAUGAAUGCGUACUUCAGUGCCAUCCAUUGCCAGCGAGGAAAGGGGGAAGAUCCAGACUUCACCAUCAGUGACACCACGGAGGUGGGCUUCCGUCAGCUGGUUCCGACGCCAACACCGACGCUUCUGGAGCUGCCCUCGCACCCCGUUUGAUACCCCACCAUCAUCCUCUCUAGAGGACCCGGUGCUCCGUCAUCCCAAACAAAGCAAGGCCUGUUUUCUCUCCUCACCCAUGAAAAUAAACCUCUCCUGAGCGUUUCAGCUGAAGGACCUGGCUGGAGAGUGAGAAGGGGUGGGUGUAUGGAGGGGAACACUAAAUCCCACAAACCUCAACCUCACCCUGACCUCCUCGACAAGUCAAAUGUGUGGAUCUUGCUACAUCAGGGAGGGGAACACGUCACAAAAAAAGUGAGACUUGCAGUAGUAACCCUAAGCUGUGGCGCUCCCCUUGUGAAGCUUAAAGUGAAUACACUACCCUCUCCUCUGUCUCUUGAGGUGUGCCAUAUUGGAUUAGCCUUUCCUAGAAGGCAGCCAUCACUCACGCACUGCUGGAAGUGGUGAGAGCGUUUAGUAAAACACACACACACACACUGCCAUCUUCACUGAGCUGUUUCUCAGCUCCACACACACACACACACACACUGACCCUGACUCUCACGUGCCCUUAUGGUGACACGUUCAACAGUCAGCUUUCAUAAGGUCCCGGAUGGGCUUGCGUUACCUGGAACUGUUGGUGCGUCGAGCCAUGUGAACUUGGAACUGGAAGCAGAUGUUGAACUCUGUUACUGAGUCACUUUGGCUGCUGCGCUGUUCCCUCACGUAUGGUUUAACUGGCUCCAGCGGAUCGCAACAAAACAUUUCUCGGGUGACACAUUAAGGGUCUGGGUUGUGCGUUUCACAGAAGUCAAAGUAUUUUUUUCAUGGUGUUGCUAUUGAAUGCUCUGAUUUCUCCUUUCGUUGUGCUGCUUGUCCCGGCUGUAGUCCUGGACAUGAAACUUGGAUAACACUUGACCGAUUGAGUAACUCUGCUUAAGUCAUUUAUUGUCUCCAUGCAGGUUUGCUCUGCUGAAGAUAACAGGUGCUUUCUUGUUUUUCUGCUUAUUUUCAGUCUCCAGCUAUUGCCUAUAUAAAUUAAAACCUGACUUCAUAUUUCCUAUACACAAAACACCAUCCAAGUAAGUCCCUCUAAUCUGGCCAUGGUUACUUUUGUAUUAUUUAAGCAAAUGUAGCAUUUUAACCUGUCCUUGAUGUCUUAACUGUAGACCCACACCUUUCCUAACAUUACGUUUGCUUUAACUGAAGCACCUUGUCAGUUAAUUCUGUGUAGCUCUUUUUGUGUUCACUGUUUGAAUAUUCUUGUGAAGCCAAAGUUUUGUCAGGUCAGGAGUUUGAAAAUGGACCAAAGAACUUUUAUUUCAGUGUAAGCUUUUAGACGAGAGAGAGAGAAAAAAAACCGGACCCACAAAUGCAGACGGAGUUUUUCUUUCUUUAAACACAAACACCCAAAAUCCAGUAAUAUGUUGUACAACUUUUAUUUUGUAGAUGUAGUCUGUCAGCUACACGGUCCUUUAAAAUAACCAGCCUCAAGACGCUGGUGUCUUCACCGUGAAAGGCCUCGACUAUUGUCUUGUUGCUCAGAAGCCAGUCUUUAGCCUUUCCCACUGCAGCUGCAGGCAGCUCCGAGCCACACAUGAGAAAAUGAGAUAAAACAAAAACUGCUAUGUCUUUGCUUAGUAUUAAGCUUGUUUGUAUGAUGCAUGGUACCUUUUUAUGUAAUGUUUAUAUUCAAUUGCACUAUUUUUAACUAACCUGGGAGUGCAAUAAAAACUAUAAAUACUGUAUGUAAUUAAUAAAAAAAUACCCCUUUUACUGCA